CUGCUCAGUCCCUCAGAAAAGUGAGGUCACAGAGCAAACCGCUGCCCCCCAUUGGAGAGACAGGCAGACCCGGAGAAUCACAACUUACCUGAGCAGAAAUCUGUGGACAAACCUCCAUGAAAGUCAUACCAAGGUGUGCCAUGGCUGGGUGGAGCUGCCUCGUGACGGGCGCAGGAGGCUUCCUGGGGCAGAGGAUCAUCCGCUUGUUGGUGGAGGAGAAAGAGCUGCAGGAGAUCCGGGCGCUGGACAAAGUCUUCAGACCGGAAUUGCGGGAGGAAUUUUCUAAGCUCCAGAGCCAGAGCAAGCUGACCUUGCUGGAAGGAGACAUUCUGGAUGAACAGUUCAUGAAGAGAGCCUGCCAGGGCACCUCGGCUGUCAUUCACGCCGCCUCUGUCAUUGACGUCUUCAAUGUCAUUCCGAGAGAGACCAUCAUGAAUGUCAACCUGAAAGGUACCCAGAUCCUGCUGGAGGCCUGUGCCCAGGCCAGUGUGCCCAUCUUCAUUUACACCAGCACCAUAGAGGUGGCCGGGCCCAACUCCUACCGGGAGGUCAUCCAGAACGCCUCUGAAGACCAGCCUCUGGAAACCACGUGGUCGGCUGCAUACCCGUACAGCAAGAAGCUUGCCGAGAAGGCUGUGCUGGCCGCGAAUGGGUGGGCUCUUAAAAAUGGUGGCACCUUGUACACGUGUGCCUUAAGGCCCAUGUAUAUCUAUGGGGAAGGAAGCCCCUUCCUUUAUGGCUUUAUUGAUCACGCCCUGAAGAACAAUGGCAUCCUGCCACACAACAGCAAGCUCUCCAUCGUCAACCCAGUGUAUGUUGGCAACGUGGCCUGGGCCCACAUUCUGGCUCUGAGGGCCCUGCGGGACCCUGAGAAAGCCGCAAACAUCCGAGGACAGUUCUACUACAUCGCAGAUGACACGCCACACCAGAGCUACGACCACCUCAACUACACUCUGAGCAAAGAAUGGGGCUUCUGUCUGGAUUCCCGGAUGAGCCUGCCUGUCUUGCCGAAGUACUGGCUGGGCUUCCUGCUGGAAAUAGUGAGCUUCCUGCUCAGUCCCAUUUACAGGUAUCAGCCCCCCUUCAACCGCCACACGGUCACCUUGUUAAACAGCGUCUUCACCUUCUCCUACAAGAAAGCUCAGCAAGAUCUGGGGUACCAGCCUCUCUUCAGCUGGGAGAAAGCCAAGCAGAAAACCAUGGACUGGAUUGGCUCCCUGGUGGAGCGGCACAAGGAAGCCACGAGAACCAAGACUCGCUGAGGCGGGUGACGCGGGGGUGCAUGUGGGUAUUGUCAGUGGGUGGCUGUCGGUGUCCCCUUCUGGUGCAUCCCUGUUAUGAGAUGCCAUCUCAUUGCCUUCUUCCUACCAGCAGUCACUGGCCUAGCGAAGCUUUCCGCCCUACCCACCCUCCAGAGGACAAAGUGAUUUCCUGCAACUGCUGGUCCCCACGUCCCAGUUGCUGAUCCUGAAACUAUUCGGGCCUCUUUUCAUUUAGGUUUCUGCGUAUUCGUUUCAUUUCCUUUGCCAAUUACAAAAUCUUUUUAAAAUUCCUAUCCCUUUACACAACUCGGUGGAAAGAAUAAUAAAUGU